CUUUCAGCGUACUCCCACAAUCUCCAAAGCCUAGAACACAAUUGGCUGCAAUUCAAGCUCAUAAAGCGAUAACGUAGUUCUACUUCUUCUCCUGUGUACCAAUCCGAGCCUCUCUGUUUCAUGACGAUGGGCAGUAUCGUGACUGCUGCUUCGGAUACUGCGUCCGCGCUCCGCGAGAACGUGCAUCUAUCUCAACUUAACCAAGACAAGGUGCCUGUGCUAUAUCCUCGAGGAACACCUUCUGGCAAGGCCGAGGAGGAAUAUAUCGCAUCCCUGACUAUCCAAGCGAACGCGGCUGCUAAAUCACUUGCAUGUGGGAGCAUUUUGGCUGGGCAAUCGAGCGAGGCGGACGAGUACGGUGACGUUGCAUUCUGGCUCGGAGAAGGCGACUACGGGGUGGGACAUGAGUCUCAGGUGCUGGAAGCCCUGCGUCUGGAAGGCCAGCUGAAUGCUGAGACGAAGGUUAUCCACAUGGACCUAUCCUCGGAGACACAGUUGCCAUCUACUCUACGUCUUCCGUCGCUGACUGAGGAGACCAAGGCGUUGAUCGAGUUGCUCUCGCAGUUGCGGGACGUCCAUUGUUUCCGUAUCGAGAAUAUGUCAGGAAGUAAUGGACUUGUUGCAUACGUUCUACUCGGACAGCGAGGCCACGGGUGGGUUGGUCUUCUGGGCAUCGGAGUGUGGACGUAGUGAGCGCACCUCGCAUUCACCUCAAUCAAUUAAUUGCAAUUGUGCCAGACAAAUGCCAGGCUGUUAUUGAUAGAUGUAUACACAAAUAUUUCUUUCAUCAAUUGCAGCCUCCAGCCCGCCCACCAGCG